GACGUCCGCAUCACCUACCUUCUCAAGUGAUGAGGUCUAAAGCUUGAUGGACACCGGAUCUCCCAAGCCUCCUCCCCCAGGACUUCCUGAAGCGCAGAUGACCCCAUCAGAACAAUAUUUUAGACAACAACAAAAUAUUUUCAAUUAAAAUGAUCAUUAGAGGAAUCAUAUAUGUUUAGUUUUUAUGCUUUAAGAUAGAGCAGAUAAAUCAACUCUGUCAACAGUUUAAGGAAAAAUCUCUCAUUUGGUUGUUUAUUUGGAGAUUCUGAUGAAAUGUCCACGCAUUUCUCCAGUGAAUCAGGAAUGUUAUUUUCCUGUAGAAACCAGCUGACGAAACAGAAAUCUUGUUGAAGGGAGUGUAGAAAUCAGUCUGUUCUUACAGGUUGAGGUAAAAACAAGCUACAGUUAAAUCGUCAGUUAAAUAAUACCAUUGGUUGAGCUCAUUAUUAAACAUAAUUUUUUUAAAUACCCAAACUUUUUUAACUUUAUAUGUUGAACCGUUCAGGAUAAAAUAAUGACCUGUUUGUUUAAAGUGUGAGGGCCACUGCUCAUUUCAGAUUAAGGCAGAGAACAAUGAUGUUUGUGAAUCAAUGCCCUUGGAAGAAGUGCUUUAAUCAAAGAAGAGAAGGAAAGUGAGCCCCCUAAAGUUGAAAAGAUAUAUUCUUGGAGAUUAAUGAAACAGGAUGGCUGGUUUUUCAUGAAGGACAGAAGUUCCUUGUCCUCUGACUUUUCCUCACAGGCCUGCAGGGGGCAGCAUUUCCCACCAGCAGCCUUCAGCCUUUCGGAAAUCAUUAGAAGAGGAAGAUUUUGUUUUUGUAGAGGCGCCCAGUGUUUAUGAAGUCGAUGAUGUCGUAGUUUUUCCUCUGAAUGGAACCUAAGCCAACUGCCUUGGUGAAUGCCGCUCCUCCAUACGGUCACGUGGUCUGCAGUGAGAAAUGGAGGACUUCCUCUCUUCUUCAGGGCUUAAAGGAAGCUGGUUUGAAAGUCCUGUUUGAAAAUGAACUGGCUGUGGCCGAUUUCCUCCUUCCCAACAAAGUGUGCCUCCUGUACGUGUCUGAGGGGGACAUGGUGGCAGGAAACGGGUUCAGGAGGAAGCUGGUCCGCUACAGAAACGCCAGCAGCAGCUUCCAGCAGCUAGUGUUGGCGGAGAGGACCAGGCUCAGUGAGCAGUACUUCUCCGCCCUGCAGAAGUUUGUGGUGUUGGACCUGGGUUUGUCUCUGCUGCCUGUCGGUGGGCAGACGGAGGCCUCUCAGCUCAUCACUCAGAUUGUUCAUGGGGAGGGCAGGGAGAACCCAUUCAGACGGAGGACUUCAUGCCGGCUGCUGGAUUCAAUCACUCUGGCUUUGGUCCAGCAGAUCCCCGGGGUCGGCAAGGUCAGAGCUGUGACUCUGAUGCAGAACUUUCCCAGCAUCCAAGAGAUCUCCAAUGCAUCCCCAGCUGAGUUAGAACCCUUGGUGGGCCAGGCCAGCGCCCAGCAGAUCCACAGCUUCUUCCAUGCUCACCUGACUCCUGGAAAUUAAGGACCAACAUGUCAUUUUCAGUGUUUCUUUGGGCUGCACCUAAACUGUGGAGCUUCCGUGCAGCUUCAUAUGAAGACUUUGAGAAUUGUUGUAGUUCUGGAUUCAGAUUUUAACUCCAGUCUUGAAAAGAGUGUGAACGGACUUCAUUGAAAACGACAGCUUGCCUUAUGUGACUGCCUGACAGCGCAUUUCUACGCCGAGACGUAUCGUUACUCAGCCGACAUUUGACUUUCUUUUUAAACACUGAACAAUGAAGUUUAGUCUGUGGAGAAGGGUGGAAUUUUGAUUUAUAUUAUUUUUAUAAAAUACUUGCAUAUCAGUUCA